AUGGAGACCUGUAGCAUAGUAGCCAGGAUAAUCAGUUUGCAAGACCUAGCUAUGUACCGGCACAAGUUGUGCUCUCUAGUCUUCAGACUUUUGCCCAGGCUGCUAGGCUUCCCUCCACUCAAGAAAUUCUGCAAAGAUGAACAUGUUCAUGUGGCACUGUCAGAGACCAAGAUGGCGGCCACAUUGCCGGAGCUGCCGCAGGACAUCUUGAUGGUUAUCUUUGCCGUUCUCGAGAUCCCUGACCUCGUGCGCGCUGGCUCGGUCUGUUCAUCCUGGCACUCCGCAUACGCCGAGCUACGCACUCUUGGGAAGUACAAGAAGGGUCAGACGCCUUGCCUGGUCUACACCUCUGAAUCUGAUCCUUAUGAUGUUUUGUCCCUCUACAGCCUCGCCGAGAAGAGGUCCUACAAGUUAUCUCUGCCGCAGCCACCUAUCCGCAGCAGGUAUUUGAUUGGGUCCUCACAUGGCUGGCUUGUUACCGUCGACGAGAGGUCUGAGAUGCACCUUCUGAAUCCAAUCACCUGUGAACAGAUUGCUCUUCCUUGA